AUCGUGCUGUGACGCUUUACGCAUGUGCCGAGGCGAGUCUCGGCAAUUUCCGUCAGGACUGAAACCCCGCACCCUCCCAUGUUGUUCGUGAAAGACACGGGACGCGAAACCGAGAGAGAGCCGCCGGCCACUUCGAGACGAGGUGUGUGAGGGCGCCCCGCACUCAGGCACACAGCCAGUGCAGAGACUGAGCCUGCAGGGACUCGGAGGGACAGGAUGCCAAUCCCACCGCCCCCCCCACCCCCCCCUGGAGGACCCCCGCCACCCCCCACCUUCAACCAGGCUAACACAGUGCCCCCGAAGCUGCGGCGUGAUGAACAGAGGGGGCGCGGGGCGUUGCUCGCCGAUAUCAGCAAGGGGGCGCGGCUCAAGAAAGUGGGCGUGGUGAACGACCGCAGUGCACCUAUCAUAGAGAAACCCAAAGGAGGAGGAGGAGGAGGAGGAGGUGGAGGAGGAGGUGGUAGUGGAGGGGGGGGCGGUGGCUUUGCCUCCAGUUCCGGAGCACUCCAGCCAAUGGGAGGCCUGUUCCAGGGGGGCGUGCCCAAACUCCGGCCAGUAGGAGGCAAGGACAGCAGCUCAGACAGCUCUGGUGGGAAACCAGCUUUGCACAUUCCCAGCUCCAGACCAGCGGCUCCGAGACCCCCGACGUCGUCUUCACCAUCAUCAUCAUCAUCCUCGUCCGCUUCGUCAUCCUCCAGCCGUCACCCCAACCCCCACCACGGCGAAGCAGGGGACCCAAACCAAACCCCCCCCCCCGAGCUUCCCCGCUCCCACAGACCCUCCCUCCCAGACCUCUCCCGUCCCAGCACAGGGGCAGGCAUGAAACACAGCUCCUCCGCCCCGCCCCCCCCCCCCUCCCAUAACCGCCGCCCCAACGCUCCCCCUGCGCCCCACGGGAGCAGAGCCGGGACCCCGUCCUCCUACAACAGGGAGAAACCCCUCCCCCCGACGCCUGGACAGAGAUCCCGUGACGGACCCCUGGCGCCCCCUCCGCCGGUCAAGCCCCCCCCCUCCCCUCUGAACUCCCCCCGCCCUGGCUCCUCCCUGGCCCCCCCUCCCCCUCCCUACCGCCAGCCCCCCGGGGCCCACAAUGGCCCCUCCAGCCCCGGCGGCGACUCGGCCCCUGAGCUGCCCCAGAGACACAACUCCCUACACAGGAAAGCCGGUGCUGUGGCUGCUGCUCUGGGGAGCCACGCCCCUCCAGCCCCGCCCCCUGCACGUGCCCACGCCCCCCCGCCGCCCCCCUCCCCCUCUCCCCCAGGGGGGCGCCCCCCACCCCCAGCCAGGGAGCCCCCGAACCGCGGGGCAGCUCCUCCAGUCCCGCCCCCGAUGAUGCGUAAUGGUGGUCGCGAUGUCCCGCCCCCUCCGCCCCCCUAUCGGAUGCACGGCUCCUCCGAGACCCCCAGCCGAGCGAAGCCCCCUCCCCCACCAUCCAGGACCCCUGCAGCACCCCCCCCUCCACCCCCGCCCAUCCGAAACGGCCACACAACUGUCUCCAAAUCAUUCCUAGAUGACUUUGAAUCGAAGUAUUCCUUCCAUCCAAUGGAGGACUUCCCACCCCCAGAUGAAUAUCGACAAUUUACUAAAGUCUACCCCAGCAAAACCAACAGAGGUGUGGGUGUGAGGGGGGCUCCUCCUCUGCCCCCUGUGGGCAGGUGAACCCAGAACCCUGUGAGAUCCUUCAUAAGACCGGUCCUCAUGUCACUGGAUCAGAACCAUGGACUGCACUCGCACGCACGCACACGCCAUCCAGCAAACUUUCAUGGAAUUGUUUUUCCAGAGACAGUUUUUCUUCCACUUUUUCCCACGAAACUCCGACCUAGCAUGAAGUAAUGUUCCCGAAAUAAUAAUAAUAAUAAUAAUAAUAAUAAUAAUAAUAAUAAUAAUAAUAAUAAUAAUAAUAAUAAUAGUUAAGGGGGAAAAAAGAAAAUUCGGGCCAAAAACUCAAUCCACUAAACUUCUAAUUCCUCAAGGAAUGAGAGCAAGUGUCACCUAUAAAGUGUGUGUGUGUGUGUGUGUGUCUAUAUAUAUAUAUAUAUAUAUAUAUACAUAAUCUACUGGGUUUUAGAAGCUCGGUUUAUUAUUGAAAUGAUCUCGGCAGCCUUUAGUUUACCUACCUCUCCCUCCCUCCCUACUUAUCUACCUCUCCCUCCCUCCCUCUCUAUCUCCUCCAUCCCUCCCUCUAGCUACCUGCUCAUUUCAAUAAUAUAACUGAUUGAGGAAGGAAGGAGAAGGGGUGGUUCUGAAUUGAACAAAAAAAAUAAAAAUAAACUGAUAAAAUAUUUAAACACGUCUUCAAGGGAAAACACUUGAAUCAAAGCUACAGUCCAGCAGACCCAACAUCCAGAACGAUUUCGUAGCGCAGCGCGAUGCGGCACAAUACAGCAGAAAAAUACACUAAUAUCGCCAGACAGGCAGGCAGGCAGGCAGCCCCUCUCUAACCACCUUGUCAUUCUGCAUGGUAUGUACUGUCUGACUCAAACCACGGGAUUCCUUUAUCAUCUGUGAAAACAGUAGAAAAAAGGAAGGGACAAAAUGCUUCAAAAGGAAGAGUCUGGGAGUGAACGCUCCGAGCAGCGCUGUGGUCGCUGUGAUCGGUUCUGCCCAGGGGGGACGGGAGUGAGAGAAUGCAGUUUGCAGUUGAGACCCAAUCUCAUCAGUCUGUGGCACUGACAAGACAACUUGGCUUGAUGAUGAUGAUGAUGAUGAAAUGUGCCAACAGCUUCCAAGAUGACACAGACCGACUGAAAUGAUUCAAGUCGAGCACGGUGUGUCGGCAUAUCAUUAGCGGUCACCAGUGGGGUCGACUCAGUCCUAAAGCAGUGUAGGGGCCCGUGGUCUUUCACUGGACUGUGUGCAGACAACCCCCACCGGCCACUGGCCACCAAGCAGGAGAGAUGCAACUGAAGCGUCUGUAGACCACAGCAGAGUGAGAGAGCGAGCGAGAGAGAGAGAGAUCCCGUCAUACUUGUGAAUGGCUAGUCUAACGCACUGCAUGAAGGAUUGUGAGGUGUGAGGAUGGGCAGAGAAUGGCGUUUCUUUUACAGGGUAUUGAGACGACGUUGUUGGGAGGUGUGACAGUGAUCCUGUAUGGAAGUCUUCGGUAUGGUACACCCGCUGUGGUUUGGGGUUCGUGUUCGGGGACCGCAGCAGUUUUUUUUUUCGGACACGGUUAUAUAAUUUUUUUUUUGGGGGGGGGGGGGGCUGGGAGAUUGACUCCACGGCUUGCGAUUGGAUCACGGCUCACUUUUUUUUUAGUUUAAUUUUUAUUAUUGGUUUAGAAUUGGUGGGAGGGUUCUCAAGCUGGGUACAGCUCUGUUAAGGAAAAAUCAAGCACACUAUUCGAUGUCAGCACUACACUAUGAUUUUUGUUUGUUUGCUGUAAAGUGUCGUCAAUAGAGCCAUUAUUUUAAAACAAGAAGGGGAUAUAAAACCAGCAAUCCUUGAGAUUCCACACUCCGUUAAAGGCGAACUGGAAAAUCAAAUCCACUUACUGAAUUCUAAAUAAAAAAACAAAAAAAAAACACAUUAACCUGGUACACUUAAAUAAGCACUAAGAGCCAUUGAAUUUAAUAAAGCAGCAAUCUUAAUGUGUGUGUGGUUAUUUUGAGGAGGAGUUGUUUGUGGGUUGCUUUUGGCUGCUAAACAUAUAAUUUAUCGCUGGGGCCCCCUACCAGAAAAUGACCCCCCCCCCCCCCCCAUUUAAAAUUAACAGUAAAUGUAUGUGUGGAAGAUUCAGAACUGUUUUUAUAUUCCUUUCUUUAAAAUAAAUAAAUACAAUUUAAAUAAAUAAAGUAUGGAAUGCUAAUCGAUCACACAGCUGGUCUUUUGCCUUCUACACCACAAAGUCAUUUUAUUUGAUGGUACCAGAUUUAUAAUGUAUAUUUACACUACAAGUAUGGGAAACAUGGUAAGCAUAGCUGUGGAUGUAUUUCGUAUGUUGUACAAAGAUUGUAAUAUAGGUAAAUAAGGGGUCUGGUUUGAAGGGUAUUUCAAAAGAUAGUUGCAUCUCUUAUUUGUUCCUCUCAUGUCUUUCUCUAGCUCACCUUUCUGUUCCUAUUAUCAUGGCUAUCUCUUCUUGGAUGUUGUAUGUUUUGGAGGGGGAGGGGGGGGGUAUUCACUAUUAUACUAAAGGCCCUCCCCUCCCCCUUUUAAUAAAAAAGGGGUUCAAAUCGU